AACCAUUGGUAGUGGAGUAAAACAAAGAAAUAAUUGAUUUAUGGGGCUGUUAAGUACAUGAUUAUGACAAGGACGAUAAACAUGUUAAUAUCUGUGUAAUAUGGGUGACGAACUACAAAAUUAUAAACUACAGUUGCAACAGGUUGAAGCUGCAUUGUUAAGUGAUCCAAACAAUAAGGAAUUGCAGAAACUGAAAGUUGAUUUAGAAGAAGUAAUAGAUUUAACCUUAGACUUAAAAAAUAAAGCUGAAGAAGCAGCAAAGCAGCCUGAAUACCAUGAAGUAACCAAUAAUUUAUAUGAAGAUGAUGAAGUUACACGCUCUUUGUUAGCAGUAGAACAAUUCGUAGCUAAGAACAAAAACAAGAAGAUCUGGAGAAUAGGUGAUCUGUGUAUGGCAAAAUGGAGCGAUAAUGGUCAAUAUUAUGAGGCUCGCAUAGAUUCAAUUAAUCCUGAUGGACAGGUAAAUGUAACAUUUGAAGCUUAUAAAAAUCGUGGUGUUACAACUUUAUCAGAAUUAAAAGAAUUCACAGGCCAAAAACGGCAGUUAACGGAAGCUGAAAAGCUAAAGCGCGCGAAGAUGAACAACAAAGAAUACCUUAAGAAAAAGAAGGCUAAGAAGAUGCAACGUUUUAAAGAAUUAGAAGAAGAGCGUGAAGUUGAGAAGAAUAAAUGGCUGGCAUUCACAAAUAAGGCAAGUAAAAGUAAAAAAGUUGGUAUAAAAAAUAAAAGUAUUUUUGCUUCUCCUGACUCUGUUAAUGGGCGAGUGGGUAUAGGAACCUGCGGAAUUAGUGGCCGUCCUAUGACUGAGUUUACAACUGCUGUAAAAGUUAACCGAGGAUCAUAAAUAUAAGUAAACUGUCUUGAUUUUACAUAAAACUAAGUGUGUCUAGUAAUAGAGCAACAAACAUGUACAUAAUUCAUUAAUUCAUUUUGAAUAAAAAACAAUUUCAUUUUGUG